CCAGCGGAAGUGAGGUCGUCAAGUGCGGCCGAGAAACGUUUCUCUCCCGUUUUGGCGCUCGUGCACCAUGGCGACCCCACUCCAGCAGCCUCCUCAGGCUGGCGGCGGGAAGCGCAAAGGCAAGGCUCAAUACGUGCAGGCCAAGCGGGCUCGGCGCAGCGACAGUGGUGGGCCGCGGCAGCUGGAACCCGGGCUGCAGGGCAUUCUCAUUACCUGCAACAUGAACGAGCGCAAGUGCGUGGAAGAGGCCUACAGCCUGCUUAACGAAUACGCCGACGACCUGUACGGACCGGAAAAGCAGUUUACAGGCAAGGAUGAGCAGCCCUCUGAAAAUGAGGGAGAAGAUGAUGAUGUGGAGACUGCCUUGAAGAAAGAAGUUGGUGACAUUAAGGCAUCUACAGAGAUGAGGCUAAGAAGAUUCCAGUCAGUAGAGAGUGGAGCAAAUAAUGUAGUCUUCAUCAGGACACUUGGGAUAGAACCUGAGAAAUUGGUACAUCAUAUUCUCCAGGAUAUGUACAAAACCAAAAAGAAGAAGACUCGGGUUAUUCUACGAAUGUUACCCAUCUCAGGCACAUGCAAGGCUUUCUUAGAAGAUAUGAAAAAAUAUGCAGAAACAUUUUUGGAACCCUGGUUUAAAGCUCCAAACAAAGGGACAUUUCAGAUUAUAUACAAAUCUCGAAAUAAUAGUCAUAUGAAUAGAGAAGAGGUUAUCAAAGAAUUGGCAGGAAUAGUAGGCAGCCUCAAUUCGGAAAAUAAAGUGGAUCUUACCAGUCCACAGUACACAGUGGUAGUAGAAAUCAUUAAAGCUGUGUGUUGCCUCGGUGUUGUGAAAGAUUACAUAUUGUUCAGAAAAUAUAAUCUCCAGGAGGUGGUGAAGAAUGCUAAGGACCCAUCACAGCUUCACCCAAAGCAGGCAGCACAAGCAAGAAAUGGGCAAGAAGCUAAAUUGGAAUCUGGUGACAAAUCAGAUCAAAGUGACCCAGAAGAAAAAAAUAACCAGGAAGCAGUCCUGGAGAAUAGUGAGGAACUGGAGCAGAGCAAACCAAUGUCUGAGACACAGGUGGUGACUGAGGGGAGAGCUAAACCUGAACUUGCAAGUGAAGUCACAGAAGGAUCUGAGUCAAAUGAAAAUGACCUUUCAUAGGAAAAAAAAUUGGUGUCGGAGGUGGGCUUCUCAUCUGGGGUUCUGUGAGAUGUUACUGGGAAUCCACAUAAAAUUGUGACUGAAAGUACUGCUUUGAACUUUGUGUGUGCUGCAUAAUCUCAUAUUCACAGUAGUGAACAGUGAUUGAGUACCUCUGUUAACAAUUUUGUUAGCAAUCUUUUCAGCUCUGGCAGUGUGCAGUAGGCCCAUGUGCAUUAAUUGAGAAGGGCACACUCUGAGUCCUCCUCUGACUGGUUGGGAUUUCUGUGAAGAGUGUACUUCAACUUGGUGCUGACACUCGCUUACCCUUCAGGGUUUCCUUAAUUUGAGGUUUUCCAAGGGUUCCUCCAGUGUAAAACUACUGGAAAAAGCUGGAAGAGACACCAAAAAGAACUGCAAAAUAAGAUGUUCAGGUUGAGAAAUUAAGGGGCUGUGAAAUUAAGUUUUGGAGAUGGGUUUAGUUACAUUUUUAAAAGUUCAAAAGUAUUAUAAAUGUUAAGUCUUCCCACAGCAAUGGCUGUGCUUAUGUAACAGUAUGGUAAUAUAUUUUUAUCCUCCUAGCUAGUGGUCCUGCUUGGCAAACCAGAGUAGAAAGAUUUGUGAGGGGCAAAGAGAGCAGACAGGGUAGUGCUAAUGCAUAUGGGGCUGAACUUCCUUAUGUCUUCAGAUUUGGGGGAAUAUUAACUCUUAGUAGGUUGAAAUCAUCUGAAAAGGAUCAUAUGAGCAUUUAAAAAUUUAGGGAAACGAGGACAGGAUUUAGUUUACUUCAUCAGAGUUGAUCUGAGACAAAAAUACUUCUAUUUUGUUAAUGUAAGACUCGGGGAAUAAAAUUGGCCAUAUGCUUACAAUGUACAACUUGGUGGAACUGGGUUCCUUUUAGUUUGUGAAGGCUGCUUCUCUAUAGGAUUUUGAUUUAGUGGUUUGUUUUUAAUCUGCUUUUGUAUUUGUAUUUGGUAAGAUUGGAGUGUGACAAAAGCUCUUCUUCCCCAGCUGUGAAGUACUGUGUUCUGUUGGGAUCUGAAUUCAUUCAUUGAAAGAUUUGUUUUCAGGUUUACCAACUGUUUAUUUCCACUGACAUUUGAACAUGUUACUUUAAACAUGACAAGAUUCCAGGGUGGGAAUUGAGCUGCCUUUUCUUUUAAUUGUUCUUUAAAAAAAUUGUCAGUUCAAAAACUCUGCCACAUUGCUGUGGUAUAGUAAACUUGUUCUGCUCUAUGGAGGAGAAGGUACUAAAUCUGCUAUUUUAAAACUUGUUUCUGUAAGGUUAUACAGGAUUUCUAAAUGUUGUUUUUACUUCUAUUUUCCUUUUGUUAUAGCCAAGUAUGCAGCUGGUUUUUCAAUUUCUGAUAUUUUCAGAAUGACAAAAAUAAAUUUAUUCCCUAAAUAUU